AUGCUCGCUUUCCGUACUUUCCUUCACGAACAAGUCAGUGCAUCCUCUCAGUCAAAUAAUGCAAAGGGCAUACCUGUUCAUGUGAGCGGCUUCGCGCGGCGCAUCCAUGGAUGGUCCUGGCAGGCGUUCCCCAUUGUGAUGGGUACAAGCGCUGUCUAUUUGACACUCUCGAACCUGAAGCACCAUCCUGCGUUUGUGUCGAGGAUAGAGACGGUGUUUUUCUUCUUUAACAUCGUUUUAUUUCUUUUGAAUAUCUUCAUGCUUUUGUCGCAAGCUAUUUUGUUUCCUCGUCAUGCAUGGACCCUUCUCCAGGAUCCAAUUCAAGGAAUAUUCGUACCAUUAAUGGUCCUUUCCCUCGCUACCAUAGUUAUCGGUACCGUAGACUACGACAUGACCUACGGCCACGUUGGCUCCGACCUCAUCUACGCUCUAUUUUGGCAAGUCGCGCAUUCGCGUGGAGGUUUAUGCAUGAUAUACCUCGCUUUUUCGAUUAUAACGUGUUUUCCGAUGUUAAAGAUAUGGUUCAGUCGAGAGCAUGAUCUUGCACAUUUCGCCCCUGCGUAUGCAUUUCUGGUGUUCCCCUUGAUGCUCACGGGAAUCGUGGCGGCAAACACCCUGAAAGUAAUUGAUGCGUCUGAUCCGAGAGCGUUGGGUGUUCUUCUGGUAGGCUACAUCGUACACGGUCUCGGGUUUUUUAUGGCUUUCUUCUAUCUUGCUAUAUAUGUUCUUCGUUUGAUGGCGAACGGGUUCAUGCACGGUGGUCAGGCUAACGGUGCCUUCGUCGCAUGUGGUCCGCCUGGGUUUUCUGCACUUACAUUAAUCACCCUCGGGGAUCAUGCAAGGACAAUCAUAUCCGCUCGAGGAUACGUCGCUGACAUCGCAGGCGAUGUCUGGUAUUCAGCAAGCGUGCUAGCGAGCCUGCUGCUUUACGGGCUCGCACUAUUUUUCUUCAUUUUUGGUAUCAUUCCAUAUCGGUUCUCCUUACGGAGGCAUAUGAACGAAAUUCUUGGAUGCUGGGCUCUGACAUUCCCAAAUGUGGGAUGGAUAACCGCCACACGCUCCCUCGGGGACAUUUUCGAAAUCCAGGGGUUCUGGACGUUUCAUCUGGUCAUGACGAUCCUCAUGUGCAUCACCUGGCUGUUCUUGUUCAUCUUCACGGUUAUCGCGUUCUGCAAGGGGAGGAUAUUCAAGUCGCGGAAAGAGGAUGUUAUUAGGGACAUUCACGCUGAGGAAUCUGAAGGGACGCCUGCAGGAAAGACGGAAGACAGCCCCAUGAUACCUCCUUCUAUACAUCAUUCUGAGGGUUCCAGUCGGACAGCUACUGUUUGA